AGGUCAAGCUGGAUUUCGUCUUCAGAUGAAGCUUCGAAAGUUCAAACUCAACCACGAAUUGACCAUUGGUUGAACCAACGUCGACGAGUAACCAGGAGAGCCGACGGUACGUCCUAUGGGUUAUAAUAGCCGUUAUAUGCCCGUUUCCACCAAUCAUCAGUCAUAACCAUCGUAACGGAUAGCUUCAAUGAUGGGAUAAUCAAAAAACUGACGUCCAUUCUUGUCAAUUCACCUCCACAAAAUGAGAAAAAUAUGCAUACAAGCAUUUCACCCGCAAAACCCUUCACAUUUCCAGCUGUGACCAAAGCAUGCCUGCCCAACUCACGUGGCCCCAUCCUUUCCAGCUAACUUAACCCUGGUUAAAAUCCUAACGCCCUCUUCAACCCUCCUCCCAAAUCAAUCCUUUUUAGCUCCUCUUACUUCUUCCACAGAGAAUCUCACUCUCUGCUUCUUAACUGGCUGAGCUCCGCCGAUCUCUUCAACGUUCAUGAUGGGCGCAUUUUACCCACUCAACCUCUUCCUUUUCACGCUCUCUUUAGUUGCUAUUACAGCCCAUGCCCACAAUAUUACUGCCAUUCUCGACGGCUUCCCUGAUUACUCUGUUUACAACAGCUUCCUCUCCCAAACAAAGCUAGCCGAUGAGAUCAACAGCCGAGAAACAAUCACUUGCCUUGUCCUCAGCAAUGGGGCCAUGUCUGCCCUCACCGCCAAACAUCCCCUUACCGUCAUCAAAAACAUCCUUAGCCUUCACGUUCUUCUAGACUACUAUGACCCGCAAAAGCUCCACCAAAUCUCUAAGGGCACUACCCUCACUACCACUCUUUACCAAACCACCGGAAAUGCCCCUGGAAACCUGGGUUUUGUCAACAUCACCGAUCUCCAAGGUGGAAAAGUCGCGUUCGGCUCUGCCAUUCCCGGGUCCAAACUUGACUCCUCUUACACCAAGUCCGUUAAGCAGAUUCCCUACAACAUCUCUAUCAUUGAGAUCAGCGCUCCGAUUAUUGCUCCGGGGAUUUUAACUGCUCCUGCCCCGUCACACUGUUCCGAAGUUUUAAGGAACAUAAUGCUAAAAACGGUAUUAUGCGAGAUAUUCGGCCAUGAAUUCUCUGGGAUCUAUCAGGUUUUUGUGGUCAGUUGA